CGGGGUAGGUGGGCUGGUUGCUAAGACUUGGUGAAACGCCGCGCUCCUGCCGGUAUCCUCAGGUGGCAGCAGGCUUCCACCCCGUCCUGUCGUCACUGUGGAAAUGUCAGGAAAGGAGAACAACUUCCCCCCGCUGCCCAAGUUCAUCCCAUUGAAGCCCUGCUUCUACCAGAAUUUUUCUGAUGAGAUCCCCAUCGAGCACCAGGUCCUGGUGAAGAGGAUCUAUCAGCUGUGGCUGUUCUACUGCGCCACCCUGGGCGUCAACCUCGUCGCCUGCCUGGCCUGGUGGAUUGCUGCCGGCUCUGGAGCCAACUUCGGCCUCGCCUUGGUCUGGCUGCUGCUCUUCUCCCCUUGUGGCUACGUGUGCUGGUUCCGGCCCGCGUACAAGGCCUUCCGAUCUGACAGCUCCUUUAAUUUCAUGGCGUUUUUCUUCAUCUUUGGAGCCCAGUUUGUCCUGGCCGUCAUCCAGGCCAUCGGCUUCUCAGGAUGGGGCACAUGUGGUUGGCUGGCAGCGAUUGGGUUCUUUCAGAUCAACGUCGGGGCCGCUGUGGUCAUGCUUCUCCCGGCCAUCAUGUUCUCCGUGUCGGCUGCCAUAAUGGCCAUCGUGAUCAUGAAGGUGCACAGGAUCUACCGAGGCACUGGUGGAAGCUUCCAGAAGGCACAGACAGAGUGGAGCACGGGUGCCUGGCGGAACCCACCAUCUCGGGAAGCCCAGUACAACAACUUCUCAGGGAACAGCCUGCCUGAGUACCCCACCGUGCCCAGCUACCCAGCCAGUGGCAGCCAGUGGCCUUAGGGGGAUCCCAGCUCCUCCUCUCUGUCCACUCUUGCUGCCCUGGGUUUGGUGAGGCCCCUGCACAGCUGGGACAGCAGGCCCCAGGGACUCUUGGGGACCUGGGCACACCAUCAUCUCAUCUCCAAGAGCAGAGCCCCUUGUGGGCCCUGUCCACGAGUUGCCUGGCCUCUGCUGCCCUGCAGAAGGACACCCUCUUGGUUCCAAAUGCAUUUGGCCACUGUGACGUUUGCUGUGCUGCAGCUGCACCCUGUCCCCUUGGGGUCUCAAGGGCAGAUCCGGGCUGAGGACUCUGACAAGGGCUCUGGCCUGGUGUCCAUCCCCCCAUCCACUGUCCAGGCAGUUGCCCUCAGCCUGGGCCCAGGCAGAGGGAGGCCUUCCCAGCACCAGGCUCACCAGGCAGUGACUUGAUGUGUAGCUAGGUCCUUAAUGUUUGUUUAUUUUUGCCUUUUUUAGGGCCACACCCAGGCUAGGGUUCUAAUCAGAGCUGUAGCAGCUGGCCUACGCCACAGCCACAGCAACACCGUAUCUGAGCCGCGUCUGCGACCCACACCACAGCUCACGGCAACGCCAGAUCCUUAACCCACUGAGUGAGGCCAGGGAUUGAACCCACAUCCUCAUGGUUCCUAGUUGGACUCAUUUUCACUGCGCCAUGACGGGAACUCCAGGUCCUUUUGUUUGUUUGUUUUUCUUUUUUUGUCUUUUGUCUUUUUAGGGCUGCACCUGUGGCAUAUGGAGGUUCCCAGGCUAGGGGUCCAAUCGGAGCUGUAGCCGCUGGCCUACACCACAGCCACAGCAAUGCCAGAUCCAAGCCAUGUCUGUGACCUACACCACAGCUCACAGCAAUGCUGGAUCCUUAACCCAUUGAGUGAGGCCAGGGAUCGAACCCGCAAACUCAUGUUUUCUAGUCAGAUUCUUUUCUGCUGCGCCAAGAUGGGAGCUCCGGUCCUUGAUGUUUUUGACAUCAAGCAGACGAGCCUGCAGGGAGAGCCAGAGGCCCAUUCACUCUCAGUGCCACGAUCUGAGCUUCUCCCUGUCUGUCCGUCCAUCCAUCAGCCAGCUUGCCUCCAGCCUCCAUGCCUGUGUCCAUGCUUGUUGUAGGAUACUCUCUUCUCCAUGGCAGGGGUCUCAGAGCUGGGACCCUCAGGCUGGACCUCAUUAGACCCAAAACCGGGGUGACCCCUUGUAGGGGGAAGGGGAGCCACUGGCCUGUCUCCACUUGAUGGGGACGGGAAGAUGGGGCAUCUCCAUGGAGCAUAGACUCUUGGCUGCCAUGCACACCCCACCCCCACUCCUACCCACCCCUGCUGCUUUGGGGACAGCAGUUGUUGCUUCUUGGGAAAACCAAGGAGAUGUGACAAAUCUGUGCCUUAUUGACAAGCCAUUCCUCUUUCUUCCCCCUUGGUCCUUCCAGCUCCUUUCUGACAAGCAGCCAGCACCUUUGUAAAUGAAUGGGCUCCCUGAAUGCUGCCCCUCGGCUCAUAGUGGCCCGGCCUUCAGGGCAGCACCAGAGCUUCCCAGAGGCCUCCCUCCAUGCCUGUGUCCACUGGCCUGGCUGCCUGAGCUCCACACCCCAUGGUGUCUGAAGGUGGCCACAGCCCACGAAGGCUCCUGGGUCUGGGCCCCUGACAGCCAAGGCCCCCCGAGAUGAGAAAGCUGGUCCUGUCAAGUCUCAAGCUGGCCUCCCUCAACCAAGGUGUGUGCCGUGCUCACCCAGGCACUGCUGGUGAUGGGCUACAGACCAGGUGUUGGGGUUUGCAUGCAGCUCCCACCUCUACCCCUUGCUCCUCGCUGUACAUCGUGCUUUUUGUUACGUGAAAAUAUCCAGGAAAUAAAUCCGUCCUUGUGCAUCA